AGCGACGAUACUGAGAUCCAUCCCCGCCAUUUUAUUCAACUCAUUGCUUCGGUGACGUAGUAGUAACCAGCGUUCGUGACAAGUUGAUUGCGAAGUGUAUUCAUUUUAUUUUUUAAUAUAAAAGUGGUAAUAUUUAUAACGAUGUUUCUAACACGUUCUGAAUAUGACCGAGGUGUAAAUACAUUUUCUCCAGAGGGGAGAUUAUUUCAGGUUGAAUAUGCCAUUGAGGCCAUAAAGCUUGGUUCUACAGCAAUUGGAAUUGCCACAAAUGAAGGUGUAAUCCUGGCCGUUGAGAAACGUAUAACUUCUCCAUUAAUGGAACCAACGACAGUGGAAAAAAUUGUUGAAAUAGAUAAGCAUAUAGGUUGCGCAGCAUCUGGUUUGAUGGCUGAUUCUAGGACCAUGAUAGAUCGUGCUCGUGUCGAAUGCCAAAAUCAUUGGUUUGUUUACAACGAAAGAAUGACAGUGGAAUCAACGGCUCAAGCUGUGUCGAACUUAGCCAUACAAUUUGGAGAUAGCGAUGAUGAUGGAAGUGCAAUGUCUAGACCUUUUGGGGUAGCAAUGUUAUUCGCGGGUAUAGACGAGAAAGGACCACAAUUGUAUCAUAUGGAUCCAUCGGGAACCUUUGUUCAAUUCGAUGCGAAGGCUAUCGGUUCUGGAAGCGAAGGUGCCCAGCAAAAUCUUCAAGAAGUAUAUCAUAAGUCCAUGACAUUAAAAGAAGCAACAAAGGCAGCAUUGACAAUACUGAAGCAAGUUAUGGAAGAAAAAUUAAACGACACUAACAUCGAGGUGAUGACAAUGACACCAGGACAACUGUUUCACAUGUUUACUAAGGCAGAAUUGCAAGAGGUGAUUAAAGACAUUGCAUAAGAUACUUAAAGUAUAUUAACAAAUUGUUAUGAGUUGAAAGAAAUGCAUUUAUAUGCAAGUAAUGCUGGAGUUGUAUUUACAGUUUAUAUUUGGUAUGUGUGUUUCUAUGCUAAGCAAAAUUUUCUUAUAUACUUUUUUUUCUUUUUCGAAAAGAUUAAUAUAAGAGAAGGAUCGAA